AGUGAAGUUGCCAAUAUUCGCUAAUAAAUGGUCGCUAAAUGCUAAGUUGUCAUUUAUGCUAAUUUGCAGGCGAUUCAGACAAGCACAGAUAUGUCUACUCUUUCGUAUCCCCUCUCCGGUUCGUGGAAUUUCAAGAUAAGCCUAAUUAAAUCCGAGUAGCAAACGAGAGCAAGCAGAUACCUUAUUGGAAUUUUUUACAGGAGCCUGAGGGUCAUGGGCUCCUGAUUUUCCACAAUCCACUUGAAAGACGAAAAGAAAAAAGAGUUUGAACUGAACAGACUACACUGUAUUCAAUAUUUUGAAGCCAAAUUCGCCAUCACAACCGAGAAGACCCUGGAACGAGAUUAGGUCACCGGAAAUGAAUAAUCAACACGUUAUGGUAACGCAAUCAUGGAUCCCCGUUACCACAUCUCACAAAACAUUCUUUUUCUCAAACAUGCUUGAUAAAUAUUCUUGAUGGGUUGCUAGGAAUUUUGAGAAGACAUGUGAACAGUUAGUUAUUCUCUGUUUAUUGGCUCAGUAACCUCAAAUAACAAACGGCACGAGUUACUAUUUUAGCUACUUUUCAAACUCCACUUCCGGCACGUGAACGAGCUAUUGUUGAUGACAGAAUCUUCGCAGUGACGCGAGCCAAUCAAAUCUAUAAAAACCACUGGAAUCAGUUGUUUGGCUCCAUAAUAUUUGAGCGCAAAACAAAAAAGUUUUUUCAUCGCUGAUUCAGAAAUUAAUCUUCUUCCAAAGCCGGUAUAAAAGACAAAACAUUGCCUUUGCCCUGGCCUUUGCUACACUGUUAACAAAAUGAAGAGAUUGCUAUAGUCAACUCACUUGGAAGACGAUGAAGCCGGGCGAAGUUCUAGCAGGACCAGAAAGUGAGGUUGCAGAGGAGAUGGAGUGUGAGAUGCAAGCCAGAGAGUUCUUUGUUCACAUAGGAAUGCUUAUCAUAGAAGGACGGACUCCCCAGCACUCUGACAAGGGAAGAGUUGAGGGGCCCCACUGUUUGUCUCUUUUUAGUGUUAUUCCUCAUGUGUGUGAUCCUCAAGGAGUCAAUAGUUGUCAGAAAGUGCUUGAAAGGAAAGAGAAGAUGAAUGUGUUGUGGCAGAACAGCUCGCCCAUGGUGAUAACUGUAAUGACGCAAGCACCUACUAAUGACAGUUUGAUUUUACUGGAAAGAUGGACAGUUGAAGCAGUUGAUGGAGCAGAAGUUCAUGGCUGUAAUGGAGGCAUGCUGAUCCAAGCAAUCAGGUCGCACAUUCAUUUUUCUCAGCUGAGUGCUUGGUUAAGUCGAAGUAAAGGAGCUAUUCCUUCUCAUGUCAUCUAUAGGAUAUGUGAGACUGGGGAGGAACUACCACCAAGUAGCUUUGUAAAAGAUCCUGACUUUCAUGUCUUUCCACUGGCCAAUCUCCAUAGCAACAGAGUGCUGCGAGUCAGUGUUCAGUCCUUACCAAGAUGUGACAUCUUCAACUUCACGGAUGAGAUUUUGGCAUCUAAGAUCAAUCUCCUCAGUGCUGGCCACAAACAGGAACAAAAAGAACACAAGAAUGUUAAGGAGAACACAAUCUCAAAUGAUGAAUUGCUGAGAUCUCCCUUAAAGAAGAAGUCGUGUAUGAAAGAUCUUGAAGCUAACCAUCAUUUGCAGACUUUGAAUGAAAAUAAUCUUACCAAUAAAGAGAAGAAUUUAGACUUUUCAAAACCUUCAACAAGUCGAACUUUGGCUGAACAAGUUUCAAGAAACUGUGAUGAGAAUUUAUUGAUUUCUCCAAAGAUCUCCCAGGACAGUCUAAAAGCAAGUUAUUUGAAACUUCGCAGUCUUAGUGAAGGAACCAAUGAUGCAAAAUUACAUGGGCAGACAAAUCAAAACAACUGCAGCAAAAUACAUCAACCUGUACAUAAUUUAGAAACAAAGCAGAACUGUGAUCACAAGAAACUUUCCAAGCAGUAUCAAACCUCUGCGAACAUCACAAUUCCUAAAGGAGUCCUCCAAACACUUCAAAGUCGGCAUGUAGGCACUGGUACUCGUCCGAUCUUCAAUUCAAGAACAGGCCUUCCUGUGUCUUCAAGCCCGGCUCCUCUUCGGCGCUCAGCUACAGAUUUGGAUAUUGAGGAUGAUGACAGAGAACUAGCUAAUGGCCUUCCAAAGAGGUCCAGCAACAAAGACCUAACCUCCAUACUCAGUAAAAGUGCACCAGCUUCCACAACACAGAGUCUACUUGGAAACUUUGAGGAGUCAGUUUUAAAUGGUAGAAUGGAGCCAUUAGGGACUGUUGAGGGUUUUACAGCUGAGUUAGGUGCCGGUGGUUGUUUCUGUCCAGCACAUGUCAUGCUACCUGUCAAGGCAUAUUUUUUCAGUCUCUCUGAUGACAAUGCUCCAUCUCCUUAUUUGGGCUACAUCAGUUUAGAUGAUCCAAGAAUCAGCCGGAAAGGAUACCAUGUACCCACCAAGGGAACUGUACAGCUGACUGUGUUCAACCCAAACAAAACUGUAGUUAAAAUGUUUGUUGUGCUGUAUGACUUCAGUGAUAUGCCUCCUAAGGCACAGACGUUUCUCAGGCAAAGAACAUUUUCAGUCUGGAGACAUUCUUGCCAAUCAAAAGAGGAUCAAAAUUCUCUACACUAUCUAAUUCACUUGAGAUUUGUUAGUUCCAAGUCAGGACGACUGUAUCUUCACACGGACAUCAGAGUGAUAUUUGCACGACAGCCUCCAGACCUCCCCAGUGGAGUCAAAUUUUGCACAGUGACUGAUGGACCUACAGAACCUCGAUACACACUUUAACAACCGUGAAUUAGAAAGACAAUUACUUCAAUCUAUUUAGCAUAAUGUAUUACAGACUAUCAAUAAUAAUUAUGAUUAUUCAAUGAAACCUUUAUAAUAUUAUGAUAAUUUAUGGCAAUUGACUUGUACCCAUUUUUUAAAGUAAUAUUUAUGGUAUUGUAAUGCUUUUAGGUAGGUUUUUAAAAUUUAUGAUGUGCUUCAUUUCUCUAAAAGCAUGGAUUUUAGAGAAACUCUGGGGGCUCAGAGUGAAAAAUGCUAAAAGAGGUCUUCAUUGGCCCUUUUCAGCCUUAAUCACAAUGUUACUCAAGGGCAGGGCUUUCUUUCCUCCUCGCAAUGGAUCUGCCAUAUUUGGAGUGAAGAUUUGAACUGGCUGAUAUUUUGUGAAAAUGAGUGUAAGGAAAAUUGAACGCAACAUAUCAGUGAUAACCGUGCCUAAAUUAACAAAUUUUAUUAACCAAUCAGAAGAUCUGUCUUCUGUCCGAUAUCCCAGGAUAUCAUGGUCACUAGGCCAAAUUUGGGUAUGGUAAAAAUACCUAAUGCAACCUUUUUUAGUAUGCUUCAGAGGCAUAUCAGGCUGGUUUGGUCUAGCCAUGGGUAUUGGGGUUUGUUUACGUCUCUGCGAAAUACAAACCAUUGCUUGGCCAAACUGGCCUGAUAUGCCACCAAAGUGAACCGGAAUGGUACAAUUAGGUGUAAUGAUCAAGAACGUAGUGGCCAUGACACUGAUUUGGAAUUCUUGGACUUUGUUGGUCUGUGUUAAGGUGCGGAGUUCACUUCCUUUUGGCGGGGUCUCGGGACUGUUGAAAAGCAGUUUGUAACUUCUCUUUAUCUUUUUCAUGUAAAUCCAAGUGGCUAGAUUAUGAGAAAGCACAACCCGAUCAGAUCAGGAACAUGUGCCAGCACAGUCAGCAUUUCAUUUCUGAAUUAUUAUUAUAAUCAUAAAAAUUACGAUUUCCGCGAUUGUGAUAGGCUCGAUUUCCGCCGCUUUCUCGAGU